ACCCAACCAUCAGCAAGUCGGCUUCAUAUACGCACUGGGGCAGAAACAGACAGUAGGGAGAGUACUCUCAUCUCGCCUCAUUCUGACUUGCAUCCUUCGAGGAAGGGGUUCGUCUAAAGGUCGAGCUCCGUAGGCUUUCGGCAUGCUGCAUGACAUGACACACAAACGAUAGAAGAAGGAAAAGUUCGGGAGUUGAAAUUAUGGUUGCUCGAAUACCCUUCACACACACCCGCUAUCACGCGAUCUCAUGGGCCCCAGAAUGUAAGAAAAGAAGCUGCCAAGAGACGCACCACGCACGAGGGCCGCCGAGGAACACUGGUGACCGCCACUGCGUGUACCACUGCCGGCCGGUGGUCAGGGGCGAUGGCUGUCGGCCCCAAGGAAACGUCUGUUUCGUGCAGGCGCUGUCUGAUGAGCCGUGUCCUAAUGCCGAGGGGAUCCGACAGGGGCGACAGGGGCGUGUACAGCAGCGGGUCAAUGAUGACAAGCAGCGGCCGUUGACGGGACGAAACAUCCUGUGAGGUCGGAGACUCCAAGCCUUGCAGUGAGACGGAUGCUGAUGCUGCUGACGCAGGUGAUGGGUCUGCCUGCUGCUGGGAGUCGUGAUGCUGUUGUUGAACAUGUGGCUUGGUGGGCGAUCCUGGAGCCGUCGUUGGUAUGGCUGUUUCCCUACGGUAGCGGCGAUGAUCGUGCUGGAGCUUCUUGAGGAAUCUUUUUUUGGCCUGUUCCGUCAGAGCGCGCAGUGCCACCGCCCACCCAUCGCGCUCUUGACGGCACAGGAACUUGAGAUCAACCAUUGUCUGACGGGAGGCCACUGGGGCGCCGCACAACAACACCUGCGCCACCCACCACAAAGGCACCGAUGGCCACCAAUAUAUUGGCAAGUGGUUGUGGUUGGUGUCAGGUACAUUUGUGUAGCGUACCAGUCGCAGAGUCCAGCCCCAGUCCCACGGGUCGAGGAGCUCACUGUCGAUCAGGGCGACGGACUCAACAGCAAGGAGAAGCAGCCGACCCUGAAGCAAGGCACGAAACGGGGUAGGUUGGAGGAGGAGGAAGGAGGGCCGCACAGGUGUACAGCGGAACACGCGACACUAGCUGGAUCUCACCGACCUCCGACAGCAUGUCAUCCUCGUGGCGGUAGAAGAAGAUCUGACCGCUAUGAACUGAAACCCACCGCCUGUUCCAGCUGCAGCAAUAAAAGUGCGAACAGGGCAUCGACUUUCUCGUGGGUCUGUCCAGUGCGUGCACUCCGCGCACCCCUCACCCAGAUUGCCAGGCCCGUACGUCUCCGGCGAGCUCGCCUCCCCUCGACAUCAUCUGCAAGGCCGCUAACGCCGAGGGGUCAAGGCAUUUGGCAGCAUCUUGUGCAGUCUCCUCGUCAUAGCCAUCAGCCACGAUGCCAGCAGGAUGGAGGCCCCUCUUCCAUGCGUAGCCCCGCAGCGGAGGAGAGGUCACUUGGGCCCCUCGAUGGUGGCGGAAGCACGGCGACUUUGUCCCUGCAUCCUCAGUCGCAACGCUGCUGGCCGCGAUGCUAGUCUUGACAGUCUGACAUACAUCGCCGCAUUGUUGCAGCACGGACUGGGCCGAGGAGCUGACCGCUGACACCACUGAGGCGUCCAUCAGGUGUCGCGCAUUGGCAGCAGUGUCCCGAAGGGGCUGCUGCAGGUAAUGAUGGUGACCCGGACCAUUGAAAUGACACCUUGACGGAGCGCUCGCUUCGCUGUCGUCGCUCUCCCGGUGUUCGAGGGAUGGCUCGGCAUGAGCCGACCGUGGCUCAUGUCUAUCAGCCUGCGCAGCUGUGAUGCAGAUAGACGGUGGACCGGGCCACCCAGGUUCCCCAGUGGAGUAGCGGCAGGAAGAGUUGCUGGCCAGCGAAGAAGGCGACGACUCGCGACCACCCGCACCAUGGUGGCGGUGGUGGUGCUCGUGACGACGACGUAUCCUCUUGUCGUUCCCUCUGCAUGAGGGCUCGUAAUCACUAGCGCUGACGGCCCCCUCAUCUUCAUCACUUGUCUCGUCGGCCCGCGGCUCCCCUGAGAGCCGUCUGCCACUGGACUCGCCGCUGUGCCGCCUCUUGUUUCCCGCAGCCCCGGGGCCCGUUGUGGGCCCUCCGUCCUCUCUCUUCCACCACAUGAGGUUGGUCCAUAGGUUGGAGAUCCUCGUAGGGAUCCCAUCCAGCUGUAGACCUGCAUCAUCCGCAUCGGUGUCACGACGCAAGAAGGCCGACGUCAGCGAAAAUGACGGCAUCGCAGGCAGAGACAGCCGACUGAGGCCGUCGUGCAGGCUCGAAACGAUGUUUCUGCCGCUCCCGCCGUCGCCAGGAGGAUCCACAGCUUCCGAACUGGACCACGCAGCUGUGUCACGUCUGAGCGACGGUUUGCAACGCGCAACGCAGUUCCUGUGGUGGGUGGCAUCAGCGUCAAGCAGCAGCAGACGAGUGUCAGAUGCUGAUCGCCUCAGAGGCCUUGACGCUGGCCCUGCCCUUCCCUGUGCCGGGCAUGCCGCAGGAAGGGAGCUGGCAGACAUCGCCCUCGAUCGCUCCUCCCGUCCUGUUGGAGGGGAUAGCAUCAGACUCGGCACUUGACCUGGUGCCGGACACUCGCUCGACACAUCCUGGUCGAAGCACACAAUAGCAGACACACUUCAUGGUGGCGAUCGCUUGAAGCAUCUAUGUCAUCCUCCUACCCUCCCACGUACCUGAUGUAGCUUUUCGGUGCCUUGCUCAUUCUCGCGCCGUGCUGUCAGUGCUCUUCGCAAGUCGCCAGUGUGGUGCCUGGUUGUGAGAGUGGGAGAGAGCGCAUCGUGGACCCUUCUGGGAGCAUUGCCUUUGGGAACCAUCCCCAUCGAGAUGCGGUGAGCCAUGUCUUCAGAGGCAGCGAUGUCGCUGAAGUGGGCCAUGCACUCCUUGAUUAUCUCAUUCCUCACCCUCCUGCACAAGGACCACACAACACCACCACCAGACCAACAGGCAAUCCUUGCUGCCUGUGUUGUGGGUCUGUCAGUAUGCCAUGUAUGCACAUCUGUGUGUGAUGCGUCAGUGCAGGUCUUGCCUGCCGAGAUCCAGCCGCAGCUUGAGGAUGCGUCGGACCACCCCCACGUCGAAGUGCGGGCCAUAUUUCCGGCGAAAGUCGGGCAGGCACAGCAACAACAGCUGGGCGUUCCCGCAGAGAAGCUGUUUCAAGUCAUGAAACGGCACAAGGUGACCCUCCAAAGAUCUGACAGAGAGAUGCACACACAUAGGCAAUAUCCGGCUUCCAUCCAGAUCUACGGCCUCACCCCGGCGAUAGGAACGCCCCGAAGAAGCUGUAUAGAUGUUUUUCGUCGAGUAUGAGCCGAUCGGUCAGCUUGUCUUGCAGCCGCGGACUCAUCGCCCUGCAGUCAUCCAUCCCACACAGCCAGCCACAUGAAAGGAAUCAGAUGCCUGCCUGCACCUGUCUCUUGCCCUGCCUACCUUGAAGGGUUCUUCCCGUACAGCAGUUUGUGUGUAUAAGCGGCCACAAUGAGGCGCAGGAUCUCCUCUGCCACCUUGGUGAGGCUGCUCUUGCGCAGGUCGGCCCCGACAGCGGUAAAGAUCGGCGUGAGGUGGACCUGCUGCAGACUCGGAAGGUUGACAUCGAGCACGCUUCUUCUCCUGCCAACGUCGACAAGGACAGGCCCCACGAUCCUCUGCACAAGCACGCCCCCCAGCCGUUCACCCAAACUCGCGAAACGGGAUAUCUCCUCGUCCAGGCGGAAGCACGGAGGUCGGCCGACAACCCUCCUGGACCUGUGCCGGCUGCCCAUGCUUCGAGACAGUGGCAGACACUCCCAACAGUCCUCCAGCCUGAGUGAAACCACCAACCAACUGCAGCCCCCUGCCUCGUCCGAGAGUCAGUGUCUGUGCUCCGUGCUAUUCUGUCAUAAUGAUGCGCCAUAGUGAUGCGGCUAGCCUAUGUCGCAUCCAUUUUGUUGUACCUCGGGCGUCGCCAGUCGAAGGGCUGGCUGCUUGCAUCCUGGUCAGGUUGGGGGAGAGGAGGCCCGAGGGGCCGUUGCAAAUGCUCCAGACAUCGCCGUCCUCCACCAUUAGCCCACGUCGCCUUGCGUAGCUCGCCACACGCCUUGAUAUGUUGGUGGACGAGACUAGAUAAGAUGUCGAUCGUCUCAUGACAGCUCUGAACGAAGAGCGCAACGUUGUUAAUCUGGGCGCAGAGGGCCUCGCUGGACACAAUGUCCAUUCGGAAAAGGCUGGACAGAACAGUGCUGCCGCUGCUUUGGUCGAAGCAGCGUGGUCCGACGCAAGGUGGGUCCGCCUGCAGGAAGGCCGUCUCCAUGAGCGUCACGUAGCCGGUAAGAAGGACCCUCGUGACUUCCACCACCUUCUGUGUCAAUGCAGGCACGAGUAGCUGCCGGGCAAUGUCCAGUUGCUCCAGGAUGACUCGAAAAAUGUCCACAGGAGCCGAUGUGUGCGCCCAUCCUGCUCUCUCGUCUCGCAGCAAGGAAGGCAGCCUCUCCUCGCCCAGACGUGGCCCCACAGCUGCGUCUCCCCUCCGUUCCUCUGGCUUGCUGCGUGCUGGCACGAUCUCGGGCUCGCUUCUGAAGGUCCUGAUCCGGCCGAGACUCCCUUCCUGGAGGUGUCGCGCAUGCCCACCUCCCCUGUCGAGCCUUUCGUCUGGCACUUCCAUCCAUCGUUCAUCCAGGAGGGAAGGGACGGCUGACGACCGACUCCACUCGUUGCCAGGGCCGAAGGACAGCGAGGAGGAGUAAAGGCUAGAAGUGUCGGGAUGACGACCGAGCCAUAGCUCGUUCCUCAUGAUGUUAAGCAGGAGGUCUUGGGCGUUGAGUCCCACCCGUAUCCCGUAUGCAUGUGCCAGAGCUUCCACUAUGUCGUCCAUCACCUCGUCCGCCACGCCGCCCCGCUCCAACGCGACUUGAAGACCACUCACUCGACGGAGAAAGUGCAGGAUGAUAUGAGGGCUCGGGCGUCGGGCCGCCAACGUAGCUGUAAUACGCCGAGAGGGAGCCUCGAGGUCGAGAUGACCGCUGCUUCUCAGGCUGCUGUGUGGUCGUGAUUCAUCGGCGUAAGUGGCGGUAAUGUGUGUCCACAGAGACCCGAUGACGGUGUAGAUGCGAUGGCAGUACUCAUCAAUAACGAAACCCGUGAUAGAUUGCAGGUACGCUUCAGGCAGCCGCUCCACCCGUCUUCGCAUCUCGGUUGGGCCACCGCCGGUAGACUCCACAGCAGCGCCAUCGGACACUUGACGAGCUGGGCGUGCAGCUUCGUCAUCAAGACCGCCAGUGGACGUCGAGACCGCUGCACCCUCCACCCCACUCAGGCAGCGUCCAAUCGACCUCUCAAGCACCCCCACGCCAGACGAGGCGAAUUCAUCCAGUAAGUCAAACGCCUGCACACACACACGCCGCACCCAUUCGGCACGAAGGACGAUAACUAAUGAUCUUCACAGAGGCAAUGCAGGUCACCUCGUCGAGCGUCAGUGUGGCCGCAAGUUUGUUGGUAAGCGCCGCGUUGUCCGCACCGGACACGUCAUCCUCGUCGAGGGCCUGUGAGCAAGACACAGCAACGACAAAGAAGGAAGUCGCGUUUCCACCGACUGACUUACGCGUGCUAGCAGACAGCGGAGUUGGCCUUCAACAGCCCGCUUCGCUUGGCUCGCGUGUCCAUCAAGCAACGUUGCCAGGACAUCUUCUUCUCUCUGCUCAUGCUUCAUUGUUCAUCGUUGGAAACAUGUUCUUCUACUUUCUCGUGGCCAGAUCAAGAAGCGAAGCACAUGGGCUCAUGUUUCAUUGCACCGACUGACCACGGGAGUUAGAGCACACUGUGUGAAAUCUGCAGAGUGAUCAUUUUCCCCUAUAGAAGAAGGGCACACUGAGUGAUCCUGAUAAUUAUCGUGGUAUUCACUUACUGUCUGUAUUCAUGAAGCUGUAUGGUAAUGUGCUUCAGCCAUUGCUGCUGCAGCAAGCCAAGGUAUGCCCUGAACAGGCAGGAUUUCGUACGGAUCACUCCACUAUCGGGCAUUGUUUUGUGUUAGCCACACUCAUCGAACGUGCCAAGCGAGCGGGCUCUCCAUUCUAUGUGUGCUUUGUGGAUUUUCG